AGUUCAGUAAAGAACAUUGUUCAAUACAUUGAGGUUAAUAGGAAACAUAAUAAGAAGUGACAGCAAAAUAAACUGUUGGAGUAAAUGUUAUGUGAAUCUUUAUUUUGGAAGUAUGGUGUUAUGAUUGCUGCACUGUGGGGAUAUGUUUCUGUUGUUAGAAAAAAAAAAUGUUAUGGGCGGUAACUCAUCUUAUGUGGGAGUUUAUGUUCAAGCAAAAGAGGGAUGUUGUGUACGUGUGUGUGACAUAGGAGGGGAGAGUAAAAGAUGGCGAGGGAGUAAAAGACACUUAUCUGAGAGCGGAGCCUCCUGUCUUUACUUGUACACUACUUUAUGAUCAGUGUUCACAGCAGUAGCUACUUCAGACUGCAUUUACUUUAAAUACAAUACGACCAGAAACCACUUAAUAUGAACUGCUAAUACUACUACUACUACUACACACACACACACACACACACACAAAGUGAUUUUAAACACACUCCUGCAGCUCUGAGCGGGCGUUUUAAUGAGCUAAUUAUUUGAUUUGAGUGUGUUGAAAGCAGGGAAAGCACUAAAUGUGCAGUGCAGGGGAAGGGGGGCGGUUCCAUCUGAUUGUUGUGUCUUAUCUUGUCUUCUCUUCUGAAUAUUUGGUGCAAUUACACAUUCUCACCAGAGAGGUCUCCAAAUCCCCAAAUAUCACAAACGUGCAGUCUGUCUCUUUAAGUGAGAGUGAAAGUAAAAUCUGUUCAUUUCCUGGAUUACCUGCAGGUGUGUGAGUGUGUGAAUCGGUGUGUGUCGUGUCUGGAUCUACAGUUUUCUCAUUAAUAGAACCAGGAAACAAAAUCUUCACACUGUAAAAUGGCAGAAGCUGGUAUUUUGGUGGUUCAGGAUGAGUUAAGCUGUUCAGUCUGCCUGGAUCUCCUGAAGAAUCCAGUGACUAUUCCCUGUGGACACAGUUUCUGUAUGGUGUGUAUUAACAAGUGCUGGGAUGAGGAGGAUCAGAAGAAGAUCUACAGCUGCCCUAACUGCAGACACACCUUCACCUCAAGACCUGUCGUGAGUAAAAACACCAUGCUGGCUGAGGUGGUGGAGAAACUGAAGAAGACGAGACUCCAGGCUGCUCCUCCUGAUCACUCUUCUGCUGAUCCUGAAGAUGUGGAGUGUGAUUCCUGUACUGGGAGAAAACGCAAAUCCGUCCAGUCCUGCCUGGUGUGUCUGGCCUCUUACUGUGAAGCUCACCUCCAGCCUCACUACCAAUCUCCAGCCUUUAAGAAGCACAAGCUGGUCAAAGCCUCCAGACGACUCCAGGAGCAGAUCUGCUCUGAGCACGAUAAACUGCUGGAGGUUUACUGUCGCACCGACCAGCAGUGUAUCUGCAUGCUGUGUACCAUGGAUGACCAUAAAGGACAUGAUACAGUGUCACUUGCAGCAGAAAGAUCUGAGAAACAGAAGCAGGUGGUGGAAACACAGAGGAAAUACAAGGAGAGACUCCAGGAGAGAGAGAAGGAGCUUCAGGAGUUAAUAGAAGCUGUGGAGAAUCACAAGCGCUCUGCUCAGACAGCAGUGAAGGACAGUGAGAAGAUCUUCACUGAGAUGAUCCUCUCCAUUGAGAGAAGACGCUCUGAGGUGAGGCAGAUGAUCAGAGAUCAGGAGAAAGCUGCAGUGAGUCGAGCUGAAGAACGUCUGAAGAGACUGGAGCAGGAGAUCACAGAGCUGAAGAGGAGAGAUGCUGAUCUGGAGAAGAUUUCAUUCACAGAGGAUCACAUCCAUUUCCUCCAGUGUUUUCAGACUCUCUCAGCUCCUCCUGGAUCUUCAGCAUCACCUGCUUUUACUCUCAGUCCUCUCAACACUUUUGAAGUUGUUAUGAAGUCUGUUUCUCAGCUGAGAGUAAAACUAGACGAAUUCUGGAAAGAGGAAAUUGAGAAGACAUCAGCUGCAGUGAAGGAAGUGCAGAUCAUUCCUGAACCCCAAAGCAGAGAAGAGUUUCUGGAGUAUUCCUGUCAGCUCACACUGGAUCCAAACACAGCCUUUAAACACCUCUUCCUGUCUGAGAGGAACACAGUGGUGACCUGCAGCUACACAGUCCAGCCAUAUCCUGACCAUCCAGACAGAUUUGAUGGAUGGCCUCAGGUUCUGUGUAGAGAGAGUGUGAGUGGACGCUGCUACUGGGAGGUUGAGUGGAGAGGAGAUGGAGGGGUUGGUAUAGCAGUGUCUUAUAAAAGCAUCUCCAGGAAGGGAGGCUGGGAGUGUAGGUUUGGAUGUAAGAAUGAUCAGUCUUGGAGAUUGUCCUGUAAUUCCUCCAGUUACACAUUCAGAUACAAUAACAGAGAAACUGAAAUCUCCGGAGUGCCCGUCUCCUGUAGAGUAGGAGUGUAUGUGGAUCACAGGGCAGGAACUCUGUCCUUCUACAGCAUCUCUGAUACCAUGACCCUCAUCCAGCGAGUCCCGACCACCUUCACUCAGCCGCUCUACGCUGGGUUUAGGUUAAACCCUCACUCAUCAGUAAAUCUUUUACUUUCAGCAAAAUAGAUGAACAUGCAGAACAAAGGGAAGAGCUGGAUGAGAUCAGAUAAGAACUGCAGAAUCUAGACUGUAGAACUGAUCAAAUAAAGUUAUAAUAGUGCUGGGAGAUAUUGUUAAUAUAAAUAAUCAUAAUUCUGAACGGUAAUUACGUCUGUCCCAGAUUAGAACUGCAGGUACAUUUCCUGUAUGGAAAGAUUUAUUCAGAUUUAGCGUUAAAUAGUUUAAACCGUUUAUAUCAUUAACAGAGCUCACAGUAACAGAGUUCAUAUUUUAAUAUUUA